AAAAAUGGCGUCGACCACUGGCACUGACUCGACAAAAUUAUCGGGGUUGACUGAGUUCAUCCAACAAUACAAGACUUUGUUAAAACCAUACGCGGAUACUGCUUUAGUGUAUGCAAAUAAUUGUAGAACGGCCGUGAAUACGUAUUGCGAUGAUUGGGAACCGUGGCAGAUUAUUUUAUGCACAUUAGGUCUGACCGUAGCUGUUAUAUGGAUCUAUCAAUUCCUAUUUGACCAUGAUCUAAGUCCCUGGCAAAGAUUAAGCAAGUUUUUUUUCAAAACUAUUAGAAAAAUACCUAUUAUUGGACCAAAGAUCCAGCAAGAGAUUGAAAAGACAAUGCGUGAAAUUGAGAGCAAAUUGUUUCCACUCGGUCCGGGACAGAGGUACGUCAAUCAACUACCUGACAAGGGAAUAAAAGAAAAUGAACUAAUGAAAUUAAUUGAAGAUAAAUAUCAUGCAAUAGAAUCCCAUAACUGGGAGAAGGGCAUGGUUUCUGGCACAGUGUAUUGUGGGAGUCAAGACCUAACAAGGCUGACUGCCAAGGUUUAUGGGGAGUUUGCCUGGGCCAAUCCAUUACAUCCGGAUGUGUUCCCGGGUCUUCGUAAAAUGGAAGCCGAGGUGGUAGCAAUGUGUGUUCGAAUGUUCAAUGGUGGACCAAAAGCAUGUGGCGCGGUGACAACUGGUGGUACUGAAAGUAUUUUAAUGGCAUGCAGAGCCUACAGAGCUAUAGCCUAUGAGAGGGGAGUUAAAAGACCUGAAAUUCUAGCGCCAAAAAGUGUGCAUGCAGCCUUUGAUAAAGCCGCUACAUAUUUUUGUAUGAAGGUUGUUCGUGUGCCGCAGGAUGAAAAUAUGCGAUGUGACAUUAAGGCUAUGGAGAGAAUGAUCAAUAAAAAUACCUGUGUCUUAGUUGGAUCAGCACCACAAUUCCCUCAUGGUUCUAUAGAUCCCAUAGAGGAUAUAUCAAAGCUGGCAUUAAAGUAUAAUUUACCAUGCCAUGUGGAUGCAUGCCUAGGAGGUUUUCUUAUUGCUUUCAUGGACAAAGCUGGUUAUCCUUUACAACCAUUUGACUUUAGAUUGGAAGGUGUUACCAGUAUAUCCGCUGAUACUCAUAAGUAUGGUUAUGCUCCAAAAGGAUCAUCUGUAGUUCUAUAUAAAAAUGAAGAAAUUCGUUCUGGGCAAUAUUUUGCAUAUCCUGACUGGCAAGGUGGUCUUUAUGCCACACCAUGUAUCGGAGGUAAUCAUUGUGGUGCAAUCAUUGCAGCAACUUGUGCAGUUAUGAUGUAUNNNGGAGAACAAGGAUAUGUUGAAGCCACCCGUAAAGUUAUUGAAACUACACGUUAUAUCGAAGCAGGAAUUCGUGAAAUUGAAGGCCUUCAUAUUGUUGGCAGUUCUGAUGUGAGUGUAGUUGCCUUUGGAUCGCUAGACUUUGACAUAUUUCAAUUAUCAGAUAUGAUGACUAAACAAGGAUGGCAUCUCAAUCCCCUGCAGUUUCCUACCAGCAUACAUAUUUGUUGUACAUUAGUUCAUACGAAAACAGGAUAUGCUGAUAAAUUCUUGAAUGAUUUACGUCUUGUCACCGCGGAGAUGAUGAGCAAACCCAGGACAAAGCCAGACGGAUCAGCUGCUAUGUACGGCAUGGCUCAAACCAUUCCUGAUCGCUCUAUUGUUACUCAGGUGGCCUGUACAUAUUAUAAUGCCUACUACAGGACCACUCCUUCACCUUUGCUGAAUGGAAUGGAAUAAUCUCAAUCCGUUCCUCCCACUUCAUCUACAACACUUAUUAAUGCAAGUCAUACAUGUAGUUUUUACCAAUUGUCUUGAAGUUUAUUAAUUAAGCUAUGCAAAUGAAACAUGAUUUUGACGUGUUUGAAAUUUACAGCUAAUCCAAGGCUUGCUCGAAAGAAGUCAGGGUUAGAGAGAAUUCUGGUUUACACAAG